ACCAGCUCAGUACGACCAGGGCACGGUGCUUAAGAUUGCCGCUCGCUAUACUUAUUCUAAUUCGCGCAUUUCUCCUCGAUCGCAUCGCCUCUCCAAGAAAGUGUGAUCAUCACCGCAAGUGAAAUGAAACGCCAAUCACCAUCGGCUGAAGAUUUGUAUAAUUGCCUGUAACGCUUCCCGUCGUCAAUUCAGACUCGAUUCAACCUUCGGCGCGAUCAGAUGUGCGACUUAAUUUAAUUAUCCAAAAUUUGGCCUACUGCUUGAUUAUUAAUAUCAACUUCGUGCUUAAUUACCAAACGGGUACCCAUACAUGUUGAUGGAAAAAGCGUGAGCGUGUGUGUUUUGGUGAUCAUUCAGUUUUUGAAGGCUGGAUCAAAUCGGAACAAGUGGGUGAGAAGAGAUUGAAUCAUCAACUAGGAAUCAACGAAUCUUAGUGCUAACCGAAACAAGUUACUAAGUGAGUGCAAGAUUAAUUGGUUUGCGAUUGUGCCAUAUGACUUAUUGACAAGGGAUACGUAAGUGGACGGUAAACAUAACUACACACUAAAAAAUGAUAAACGAGAAACGAUUAGCUGAUGACGCCAAUGGUGACGAGGAAGACGCAUACCGGCAGCUCACGCCGAAAAAUAAUCUACAAUUGAUUAGUCCAACGCUGACAUCCGGUUCCGCCAAAGAUAAAGAUGGAGAGGAUGGAACACUGACAGCACUGUACGGCUCGGUUGUUGAACUGGCCCGGACUGCCAGCAAGCGGAGUAAUCGGAUGCAGCUGACCAUGAGCAUUUUGGCAAAUUUGACGGUGCUCUCAUCUGGCAUGGGAUUGGGAUACUCGGCCAUAACGUUGCAUUCACUAACGAGAGAGGAAGAUCCAUUGCGGUUGAAUCCGGAACAAGCUUCGUGGUUUGCUUCCAUAAACUCGAUUGCUUGCCCCUUCGGUGGACUAAUAUCAGGCUAUUUGCUCGAUCGCAUCGGACGAAAGUGGACCCUGGUGCUGAUCAAUGUACUGUCGAUCGUGUCGUGGUCGCUCAUUGCCACAUCGAGCAGUAGCAACUUCGAGCUGAUGUAUACGCAGAUUUUGAUUGCGCGUGUUGUUAUAGGUCUGGUGAUUGGCUUGGUCAGCGCUCCAGCGUCAAUCUACUCCGCUGAAAUUGCCACCCCUCGCAUGCGUGGACGCCUCACCGUGCUCACAUCGCUCUCGAUUGCCGUCGGAAUACUCAUGAUUUACACCUUCGGAUAUUUCAUCCCGGAAAACUUCCGCUUGGUAGCUUCCAUAGCAGCCGGAUGCUGCGUCUUCUCGCUGCUUUUGCUAAUCCCGCUGCCCGAAUCUCCCGCUUGGCUGAUGUCGAAGGAUCGCGAAUCGGAAGCCGAACGAUCACUGAAGAAGAUUCGAGGAUUCGGUACCUGUAGCAAAACUAUUCCGGAAAUUGAACACGAAUUGGGACGUUUGCGAGAUAAUGUCCAAGCACAGAAGCUGGCUGGCAAGGAACGGUUUGUGGACCUCAUUAGGCAACCGCAAGUCUACAAACCUUUGGGAGUGAUCAUCGGAUUCUUCGGAUUCCAACAGUUUUCCGGAAUUUUCGUUGUCAUUGUUUACGCCGCAAAGGUAUCGUCUGAAGCGAGCGUUUCGAUUGAUCCAUUCCUGUGCACGGUUAUGAUCGGAGUGACUCGAGUGAUUGCCACGACGAUGGUGGCCUACAUUCUCGAUACCCUUGGUCGCAAGCCCCCAUCGAUCUUUUCGGGAGCGGGAAUGGCUGCCUGCAUGUUCGGUAUCGCGGCUUGCAUCUACCAUCCUCCGGCAGAGAAUCUCAGCUGGCUUCCAACGUUCCUGAUCAUAAGCUACAUCUUCACCAGCACCCUGGGAUUCCUUACGAUGCCAUUCAGCAUGCUGGCAGAGCUAUUUCCGCAAAAAGUACGCGGACCGGCAUCCGGAGUGACCGUCUUCUUCACCUACCUGAUGUCGUUUGUGAUCAUCAAGCUGUACCCAACGAUGGUGGAGAGCAUGGGCAGCGCCAACGUGUUCAUCUUCUACGGAGCCGUUUCCCUACUCGGUGUCCUGUACGUUUGCUACGUCGUUCCGGAAACUAAGGGAAAAUCAUUGCAGGAAAUUGAAGACUACUUCCGAGGCAAAUCUCUUACCAGGCGAUCGAGUCAAUCGGCCGAUGACGAAAGUGCCGACCUUUCGUCCUCUGCUGCGUGAGGUGGCGUCACUCGAGCAGAACAGGGAUCAUUUCGCACGUACUUAAAAGAUCAUUUCUCUUCAUUGGAGACUUUUCGGCACGAGUUGUUCAUGUUAUAUUUUAAGCACCCCGCAGAGAGUAGACCUUGAUUAUGACAUUUUUCUGUUUUUGCAAAUUAAUUUUGAUGGAUGUGAAAUUGACAGAGUUGAAAGGUUAUCCGAAUUCAUCAAACGUCGCCGAAUGGCGGAAUGGUUGAACCGCUGGACUGGGCUGUGGCAGUCAGUUUUGAUGAUUCGAUGGCAUCAUUUUUUUUUUGCAGUAGAUGAUCCUUGAAGAUCGUUCAUUAGAGGACAAAUUUAUAUCAAUUGAGAGACUCUUUUUUUUUAAAUCGACAGAAGCUGUUCAAAGAACAACGCUUGAUUAGCAGGAAUUCAAUUCCAUCACUCAGAGCAGUUAGCGUACUGUGAUAGAUAUUUUACUUCUGGUAACUUUGUUAGUGUAGGUAGAAUGUUUGUAAAUAGUUAUAUCCAGUGUUUUGUCAAUAUGAUACGAAAUAAACGAAAGUUCGAUGA